AUGGCAGACCAGUCUGCGGUUCUGGUCGGCCUCCAGCACCUGAAUAUCGAGACUUAUGUCAAUGCCUGUGCUAUAACGAUUCUCGCGUAUGAUUAUCUUCUGACUUUACCAUACGAGAUCAAGUACAUGUGGACUCAGAAAUGGAGCCUCAUCAAAGUGUUGUUCUUUUUAACUCGAUACCCUGUAUUUUUCGAUACGUACAACUCGGUCACAAUCUUUCGGCUGAAGUUUGCCAUGCCCUUUACAGCGCUACUGGAUGGCUCAUCAUAUUUGGGAUCGCCGUUGCUGAAGGUUCGCCUGUUUUUCGCCAUGCAUCGACUGUCCGCCCACCCACCGACUUUAAAAGGCAUCAUCAUCAUGCGAACGUGGGCUAUCUGGGGUCGGCGAAAAUCCAUAGGAAUCUUCCUCAUCUCCUUGUUCACCGCGUCUCUCAUCACUGCAUGUGUCUGUCUGGCUUUGUUUGAAAAAUCCACCCGAUUUGUUCCGAUAUCGACUCUCGGCCCUCUGUCGACAGGCAAGGGCUGCCUUGCCGACCGUGCAAAUAUAGAUGUCGUUGGGACCUAUGCUAGUUUCACCGUGUUCGACACUGUCAUUGUAAUCCUCACAGUCAUCAAAGGGUUACAGCUCAGAGAACUUCACCCCUCACACUCCAAUCUGUUUCUGACUCUGUACAGAGAUGGAAUGCUAUUCUACGUUACUCUAUUCGUCAUUGUGGCCGUCGCCACGGACCUCAUGCUUCUUUUGCUCGGGCUGCAACGUGUAUUGUACUCGGUCCUCUCGGCACGUAUCCUGUUCCACAUACAUCAAGCGGUUGAGCCUCCACCGAUGAGCUUUGCACAAAACGAUAUGCCUAUGAAAUUCGCCGUGCACCGAACACCUCGGCAGACCCGAGAUCAGGAGAGUGGUGCGAGCUGCUCGACAGAUGUUGAGAUGGCCGUUUUUGAUGUUCGAUAG